AUGGCGUCAGACGAGCUUUCAGCCGGCCUCAAUUACCUCACCGACGCGGCGCAUCUCCUCCGACAGACGGCCCCGGAAACUUCUGCGCACCUGAUGAGGCAACGAGAUGAUUUGAUGUUGCACAACAACCUGACUCAACACGAAGUGCAGCGGCAACAUGUCUGCGGCGCCUGUGGACAUAUCAUGAUUCCGGGAGACAAGACGUCACUGAAGCUCGAGCCCCGCGAAAUACACAGGCUGCGAAGACAGGCUGCCUCACAGAAGAAGAAGAGGCAGGACAAGCCAAAUUCAGGACCAACGAAAUCAAUUUCAUGUGGGCAUUGCGGUCGAGACACUACGAUCAGCCUUCCAGCACCCGAGGCAGCGACACGCCGAAAGAUAUCGAGAGCGUCUGCCGCCAAGAAGACAGUGCCGGCGGAGCCACAAAAUCAGAAGAUGACGGCGAAUGCAAGCAGCAAGAAGAGGGCCAAGAACCGCAAAGGCGGGCUGCAAGCCCUGCUUUCUGCACAACAGCAGAAAUCAGCAACCUCUCUGUCCCUUGCGGAUUUCAUGGGAUGA